GGUCGGGCUGUUUCACCAUUGUCACAUGAAUCGUUCCAGUUGAUAGUGCUUCAGAUAAGUUAACGAGUAAUGGAUGCUGAACAGUUUCGAGAGUUCGGAAAAGCCGCUAUCGAUUUGAUCGCGGACUACAUCGAGAAUAUUAGGAAUAGGGAUGUUCUACCGUCAGUGGAGCCAGGGUAUCUUCUGAGUGCUUUGCCGGAUGAGCCGCCGGAGGAACCACAGGACUGGAAGGAUGUCAUCAAAGACUACAAUGAUAUAAUAAUGCCUGGAGUAACCCACUGGCAGUCACCACGUUUCCACGCCUUCUAUCCCACAGGUCAAUCGUUUGCCAGCAUAGUCGGUGAACUGCUCAGCGAUGGACUGGGUGUCGUUGGUUUUACUUGGAUGGCAAGUCCCGCGUGCACAGAGUUAGAAGUGGUUACGCUGAACUGGCUAGGAAAGCUGUUGGGUCUGCCUGAGGAGUUCCUCAACUGUUCGUCUGGGCCUGGUGGAGGAGUCCUGCAGAGUUCCGCGAGCGAAGCCACCCUCGUAGCUCUUCUCGUCGCUAAAGACAAAAUUAUUCGCAGACUAACAACGAACGAUCCGAAGGCCGACGAGGACGAAAUACGUUCAAAAUUGGUCGCCUACACCUCCGACCAAUCCAACUCCUCCGUGGAAAAAGCCGGGGUCCUCGGAGCGAUGAAAAUAAGGCUUCUGAAAUCUGACAACGACGGACAACUCCGAGGGGAAACGCUAAGAAAGGCGAUCGACGAUGAUAAAAGUCGGGGUCUCAUACCGUGCUGCGUCAUCGCCACGCUGGGCACAACGGGAACCUGCGCGUUCGACCCGCUGCACGAGCUGGGCCCGAUAUGUCAGAAGGAGGAAGUUUGGCUCCACGUGGACGCCGCGUACGCCGGCGCGGCUUUCAUCUGCCCCGAGUACAGGCAUCUCAUGAGGGGCGUAGAAUUCGCCGACUCCUUCGACAUGAACCCGCACAAAUGGCUCAUGGUCAACUUCGACUGCUCCGCGAUGUGGAUCAAAGACAGCUGCGACAUCGUCAAAGCGUUCGACGUGCAGAGGAUAUACCUGGACGACAUAAAAGAUAAGUCUCAGAUCCCGGAGUACCGCCACUGGCAGAUAUCUCUCGGCCGAAGGUUCAAAUCGUUGAAAUUAUGGACCGUCCUACGAAUGUACGGAGCGGAGGGCCUGCGAAGCCACAUACGGAAUCACAUAGGUCUAGCGCAGCAUUUCGCCAGCUUGGUCCGAGCUGACAAGCGAUUUAUCGUGGAGCCGGAACCGUCCAUGGGGCUGGUAUGCUUCAGGCUAAAAAGCGGAGAGUGCGACACAAAAACUCUCCUGGCCAAUCUUACCAAAAAGAAGCAGGUUUAUUUAGUAGCAGGUACAUAUUUAAACAAUUAUAUGAUACGUUUUGUGAUAUGCUCGCGUCUCACGACCAAAGAAGAUGUGAACUAUUCAUGGAAGAUUAUCAAGCAGGAAGCGGACAACUUGGUCAUCUUAGACAAAAUACCACUGAAAGCCCAGUGUUUCACACCUAUUGAUCACUUAGAUAUUAAUAUGCUUGAAAAGUCACAAUAAUGUUUACAGUGCACAAGCAUAAUUGCCUAUAUUUUUUUAAGCUCCAAGCAUUAAAAUAAAGUAGGGGCAUAGUUUGAGAUAUACAUUAUUAACGCGUUUAUUAUUAGAUUUAAAAUUAAAGAUUGGGUGAAUUUUAAAUUACCUAUUUGGCAUUCAUAAUCUUGAAAGGGUUAAACUAAAGUAAGAAGACAACGAUUAAUUAAUAAAAUGUAAGUAAACAUUUUUAUAUAAAUAACUUGAAAUAGAAUUAGUUGUAACUCUACUAGUAGGUAACUGAGCUGCUAUUUCAUACCUAAUAUUAUAUUAUAAAUACUAUUUUUUAUUAUUAUAUACCUACCUACUACGUGCUAGGUACCCAUCUAUCUAGUCUAAGCAAACAGUAUCAAUCCUACCGUACGCAAGAUAGUAAUAAAAUUAUUAAAAAAAUUAAUAUUGUCUUGUAACUUGUA